AUGUCGCGCCCUGUUGAGUUCGACAAGCCGCCGUCGGCACCCAUACGCGCCGAUUCGUCUGAUGAAGACCUUGAGUUCCAUGAAACAAAUGUGGACACAGGCGCAGCUGCCUUGCUACGUGAUAAAUACGGGAAUAUUGUAUAUCCUGGACAGGUCCCACCAGGUAUCGACUCGCCUGAGAUCUCGGAUCCGAAUGAAGCUUCUAAGAGGACCACCUUGGAGCCACGACCAGAUACUGCAAGAUCAACGCACGAUCACGCCCCCAAAAUCACCCAGAAACCGAUCGAGAGGCCCUCCAUUGACAAGAAGUUCGUAACGGAUUUACCGCAGCGCAUUCCCCGUCAAACGUCUACGCUACCAGUCAUCAAGCGCACAGGAACCAAUAUCUCCGAAGUACGACAGCCCACAUGGCACCAGGAUGUCGAUACAGAUGAUUCCUCUAGUUCCUCCUCGGACGACGAGGACGAAGACGGAGGUCCGACCACCAGAGCCUCCACGGCUGGUAGCACAGCCAAACCGAAACGCAAAGGAACAAGUGACAGAUUUGGUCGCUUCAAUCUAGCCAACGAGCAUUAUAAUACGAAAGGAAAGGUGAAGAAGGAUGGCCGCCUCAACAUUACCGUCAACGACACGAGUAAUACCGGCUAUCUCGCAAAAGCUUUAGGUGGAGCUUUUAAGAAGGUCGUCGAACCGCGCGAUGGAGGAGCACAAAACCGACCGGCGCCUUCAAGGCUCUCUUCAACUACAACUGCUACAUCAGAGAAGGCGAGACGUCCAAAACUUAAUAUUGUGAUCAUGGUUAUUGGCUCCAGGGGAGACGCCCAGCCUUUUCUCAAGAUCGGCAAGGUCUUAAAGGAGGACUAUGGACACCGAGUUCGAAUCGCAACGCAUCCAGCAUUUCGGGAUUUCGUUGAGAAGGAUUCCGGCCUGGAGUUCUUCUCCGUGGGCGGCGACCCCUCAGAGCUCAUGGCUUUCAUGGUGAAGAAUCCGGGUAUGAUCCCGAAGCUAGAGACUGUCAAGGCAGGAGACAUCGGCCGCCGAAGAGCUGCAAUGGCCGAAAUGUUCGAGGGCUUCUGGCGAGCCUGCAUCAACGCCACCGAUAGCGAGAAGGACCCGAAGAAUCUUAAGCUGAUGGGCGAUAAAAGCCCCUUCGUAGCAGACGCCAUCAUCGCUAACCCACCCAGCUUCGCACACAUACACUGUGCUGAAGCUUUGGGCAUUCCCUUGCACCUCAUGUUCACGUUUCCCUAUACACCAACUCAGGCCUUCCCUCACCCACUGGCAACUAUCAAGAAGUCUAACGUCGAUCCUGGCUAUACUAAUUUCAUGUCUUAUCCUCUGGUGGAGAUGAUGGUAUGGCAAGGUCUUGGAGAUCUCGUGAACGACUUUAGAGUCAAGACCUUAGGUCUGGACCCAGUAUCAACCUUGUGGGCUCCUGGUUCGACAUACCGAUUGCAUGUACCCUUCACGUAUCUCUGGAGUCCAGGUAUCGUGCCAAAGCCUCAAGAUUGGGGUGAUGAGAUUGAUGUUGCAGGAUUCGUCUUUCUUGACUUGGCUUCAAACUUCAAGCCUCCUCAAGACCUGGUAGAUUUCUUAGACGCAGGUGACACACCGAUCUACAUAGGAUUCGGUUCCAUCGUGGUUGACGAUGCCGACAAAUUCACUGAAAUGAUUUUUGAGGCAGUCAAGCUAGCAGGAGUACGUGCGUUAGUAUCCAAGGGCUGGGGCGGUCUUGGUGGCGAGAACACCCCAGACAAUAUUUUUAUGCUUGAGAAUACUCCACACGAUUGGUUAUUCCCAAAGGUCAGGGCUUGUGUCAUCCACGGCGGAGCUGGCACCACUGCCGCUGCGCUGAAGUGCGGAAAGCCGAUCAUGGUCGUGCCGUUCUUCGGUGACCAGCACUUCUGGGGAUCGGAGAUCUCGCAGUCUGGCGCGGGUCCGGAGGCCGUACCUUAUAAGAAGCUCAGCGCGGAGAAGCUUGCUGAAGGUAUCAAGUACUGUCUGACGGACGAAGCGUUGGAAGCAGUGCAGAAGAUCGCGAAAUCCAUCGAGUUGGAAGGCGACGGAGCUAAAAAUGCCGUCCACUCGUUCCACAAGCAUCUUACCCUUAGCGGUGAAGAAUCUAUGCGUUGUUCGAUAUUGAGUGACCGUGUGGCUGUUUGGAAAGUGAAGGAUACUAGCCUCAAGCUGAGCGCCGUAGCUGCGGAUAUACUAAACGAGAAAGGGUAUCUUUCCUGGAGUCGAUUGCGGCUGCUUCGACACAAAGAGUGGAACGAUUUUGAAGGCCCUGGAGAGCCAAUCACCGGUAUUGCUGGUACGCUGGCUGGCACCGCUGGCCAAUUCUUCAGUGGUAUUGGUAGCGUGCCAUAUCGCCUGCACAAAGUCACAAAGAGGCGUGAGGAGCACAAGAAAAAAAAGGAGGACAAGCGCCGGAAGAGACUCGAGCAGAAGAAGAAGGCCGCAGAACCAAAGCCAUUGGUACACCCUGACAGUGCUGCUCAGAACGGCAAUGCUGGGCAGAACGACAAUACUCAAUUUCCGUUUCCUCUAGCAGGCACCGAGGUGGCGGACCAGCAACCAGGUGCAGGGAACAGCAGGCCUGUAGCCACGACGCAGCGCACCAACACCUCCCUCCUCACCACUGGUACUACCCCUGGCGCUGAUAACGCAGCCGAACAGUAUGCAGAACAAGUGGGUGAAGGUUUCGGACAAUCCGGCAAGGCCAUCGCACGCGCUCCGGUGGACUUGGCCGUGGCCGUGGCUCAAGGAUUUCAUAAUGCACCGCGUUUAUAUGGCGACGACACGGUGCGUAAGCCUGUCCGUAUCACGGGUAUCAAGUCUGGGUUCAAAGCCGCCGGCUCUGAGUUCACCUACGGCAUUUAUGACGGUGUUACAGGACUAGUCCGGCUUCCAGUGAAAGGAGCAAAGGAACGCGGUGUUCCCGGUGCCGUCGCAGGUGUUGCUAUGGGGAUUGGCGGCUUCGUGCUCAAGGAUAUAUCCGCCAUCAUUUCACCGUUCGGAUACGCGCUCAAAGGUGUGGUGAAGCAAGCUGAGCGACGCAACCAACCAAUCAAGUAUAUACGUCGAGCUCGCAUAGUACAGGCUCAAGACGAGAUGAAAGGUCUCAGUCCAGAGGAGAAGAAGACGGUAUCUGAGGACACCUACCACGGAUGGGACGUCAUGCGCCAGCUCGGCGAAGUCAUCAUGCAGGAAAACGGAAAGCAAGGGUUUUUGGGGCGCAUUGAGCAUAGCAUGAGCAAGCACACCAGGAAGGGAAAGCAGCUCGGCAAGUGGGGCAACGGCCGGGCUUUCGAGAGCGUCGACAUUGCCCAGAAAGCCAUCGCCGCUAUCAAGAGGGGAGAGGAUGUGGAUGCUGUUCUCGGGUGGUCGAGGAUGAGUGACGACGUUCGCAAGAGUCUGGACACGCGCAGGGAGCAGGACAAGAAGCUUCUACCAGGUGAUACGCAGGAAGCGAAGGAGGUGCAUGACAAAGCGAGGCGCAAGGCUUCCAAGGCCGUACAAGAAGAUUUGGAAGGGGAGAAUCUGCCCCCGAGGAACCAAGACGAGGCGCCUCUGACCGCCCGAAGUCCAGACCCUUAG